GGGGGUGGAGCUAAGGUUUCCCGUAUGUAGUGUAUCGAAGGACCGCCCAUCAGCGCUUCUAAGCCCCGCCCCUUCCGCGCCUCGUCCAAUAGCAGCGAGCCUCCUCCGCUCCUCCCCCUCCCCGCCCUGCGGCUCUUCCUCGCGUCGCUGCUGCAGUGAAACCCACGGAAACGGACGGAAAAUAGGUUACGCUUCUGCCCUGUCCAACCCAGCCUUUUCUUUACAAAACAACAAGACCAGGAGCAGAAUUUCCCUCUUAUUUUUGUGCUCUCAUUUACUGCUGUUCAUUUCCGAGGGGGAGUUCCGUCGCACAGGCAGCAAAAUGGGAAAUGAGGCAAGUUAUCCCCUGGAAAUGUGCACGCAUUUCGAUGCUGAUGAGAUUAAAAGGCUGGGAAAGAGGUUUAAGAAACUCGACCUAGAUAACUCAGGAUCCCUCAGCGUGGAUGAGUUCAUGUCCUUGCCCGAGUUACAGCAGAAUCCCCUGGUGCAGAGAGUCAUCGAGAUAUUCGACACGGACGGCAACGGAGAGGUGGAUUUCAAAGAGUUCAUCGAGGGCGUCUCUCAGUUCAGUGUGAAGGGUGAUAAGGAGCAGAAACUGCGCUUCGCUUUUAGGAUCUAUGACAUGGACAAGGACGGCUACAUUUCCAACGGAGAGCUGUUCCAGGUGCUGAAGAUGAUGGUGGGCAACAAUCUGAAGGACACUCAGCUGCAGCAGAUAGUGGACAAGACCAUCAUCAACGCAGACAAGGACGGCGAUGGGAGAAUAUCUUUCGAGGAAUUCUGUGCUGUCGUCGGAGGUCUUGAUAUACACAAGAAGAUGGUGGUGGAUGUGUGAGCGAGUCCAGCUCCAGCAGAUCCGCUUUCCUCUCCAUCUCUGACGACCUGCUCAAGAUAUCAAGCAAAUGCUCUCUGUGUGUUUCAAUGGAAGUAUUUAAGCCACUUUUGUCAAAUAGAAGCCUUGUCAAGCCAGCGUGUAAGUGUUACCGAACUCCAGUCUGCUCGAUAACCUGGUGUAGCACUUUAUGGGCUUAUGGACACUGAAAGAGCAUCUCAGUUCAAGAGGAAAGAGCAUUGGCUUGUCCAUAUUUAUUUUAGGUUUUUUUUAAUGCUUCUUUUUUUUUAAUAUUUAUUUGGUUUCGUCUUUUUUAAGAUAUUAAGUAUAUGUAGGUAUGACGUGCCAAGCAGAACAUACAGAACAAAGCGCUCGCCACCAUCCUGUGCAGAAGCUUGUUCGACCGCAUGACGUAAAGAUGCAACGUUGGCUUCCUUCUGUUACACUUUGUGAUAUUACACUAUUUAUAUCAUUCUAGCAUUUUGGAUUCUAGCAUAUAACCAUGUUUAAUAACUGUUUUGUAUCAAUCGUGGUAUAAUGUUUAUAUUGUUAGUCAGUCCAGUAGAAAGUUACCAAGACAAAAAAACGAUUUGGUUUACUUCACUAACACCAAUAUCUCCGUCUAAAUGACAAUCGCAGAUGGAACGGCACACGGCGAUCACAAAAUCUAUUUAGACACUAAAGUCACACGUCCUCUGAAUCUGUAAAAAGAUGCCAAUUGAUCUCAGAACUUCACUCUUUUAUAAACUAAUGUUGCUCGACGAGUUAAACGAACAUUUAACAAGCAAAGCUUUCACUUUUGAGACAGCUGAAACCCUAACAAACCUGUAUUUGUUCAGAUGUUUUUCUUUCAGUGGAAAGACCCUUGCUUUGAUAGUUCAUCUAGUGCAGCCGAAGCGUUUUGUGAGCGCCGUGUGUCAAUCGUCUCUAAUACAUCUUCUAUAACAGCAGCAGGAGAUCCGUGUGCUUUGAUAAACAUAUGUAAAAUGGAGAGUAUAAUUUCAACAAGACUAGCGCUUCAAAUCAAAAACUCUGUUUACAUGCAUGACAGGAGCAGCGUAACCAAAUUCAUCUCUGCAUAUCGAUAUUAUACGUCAGUAAUAAUGCCACAUACUGUAUGAGGCUUCUGCUGUGCUUGCUUUGACUAGUUCCUUUCUGCAUGUUUACUUUCAUCUAUUCCAAUGGUUUACACUUAAGCUGUGAAAUUUAUAUCCGAUAUCAAAAGCACGAUGAAAUGCAUUACAUAAGUUGCCAAAUUAGAUUCAAACAGACCUAUAUUCUUUUCAGAUUCAGCUCACAUCAUUUGCCCGUUUGUUUUGUAAAUACAGAUUUAACAAAUUGCUUGCGCUUUAAGAAAAUGGGUUUGUCUGCAGCUUUUGGUGAAUGAAAGUGUGUCUCAUACAUGUGAAGGCACGUGAAGCUCGUCAGUUAUGGGAUGUCUAUUCUGCAUGCUGCAUCAAAUCAACUAUUAUGGGAUAUAUGGACUACUUGAUACCGUAUGAAACAAUAAACAUGUAAAACUUGA